AUGGUCCUCCACGAACGCCGUUCCGCAUCCUCCACAAACCAGCAACUGAACUUUCAAGGAACCAUGUUUCAGCAAAAUGUGGAUUCCAGUAGAGACAAUCGUAAUCAGUGCAACGAUGACAGUGAAAAUGAACAAGAAAAGUCGGGUAUCUCCGAACUCGAGGCUGCCGCUUCCAUUGCCAAGGCCAUCAUGGGAGCUGGCAGUUUUGCCCUUCCUUGGGCAUUUUCGAAAAUGGGAUUCAUUGCAGGACCGACUUUUAUGUUUGUCUUGAUGCUCUUUUCCGUCAGUUCACUGGAUCUUUUGGUCCGGUGCUCCCAUAUGACGUCAGUACGAUACUCUUCCAUUGCAAGUACAAGUGCAAGUACAAGUACAAGUGCAAGUACAAGUACAAGUGGACUUUCAUUGGAAGGCAGUCCCAAGAAAUCAGCCCCCAUGACAUCAUCUCCGCACGCUCAAUCCUAUGUGGACGUUGCCCGAUCUAUCUUUGGCAAAUCAGGAGCUAGAUUGACGUAUGCAGCCAGUAUUUCAGCGUCCAUGGGAGUUUGUGGUUCAUACCUCCUAUUCAUUGCUGCCAAUCUACAGUCUCUCUUUUUGGGUGACGAAAAAGACGGUGGUCUAUCGCAGGGAAAUCUGAUUGUUUUGAUUUUGCCAGUCGCGGUGGCACUAUCGUCCGUACGAAACAUGAAGGCUUUUGCUUUUGCGUCCUGCUUGGGCGACAUUAGCGUGAUACUGGGCAUGAUAGUCGUACUAGUUUAUGGUCUUCUCUACCAAUCGGGAAACUUUGGAAAAGAUUGCAUUGCUGUUGGAUCCAUCAACACUAUGCCACUUGCCAUUGGCGCCAUUGGAUAUCUCUUCCUUAUUCAUUUCUUAUCCUUGCCCAUUGAAUCCUCCAUGGCUCAUCCAGAACGUUUUCAAUCAGUCGCCCAAAAGACCUUUGGAGCAUGUGGAGUCGUGAGCGGCAUCUUUGGAGUCAUUGGAUACCUAUUAUUUGGAAAUGAAACGCAACAAAUUGUCCUGCUCAAUGUGCAAGGAUCCAUAUUUGUUUCCGCCGUCAAACUCUUGUUGUGCAUUGACCUAUUGUUAACCUACCCAGUGGUCAUGCGUCCGAGUAUUGUGAUUGUCGAGCAAAGUCUCUCCACCAUCAUGGAAUCACCCACCAUCAUGGAAUCACCCAAGGCUCUAGCUUCCAAGACUUCUGCUAGACUUUCAGUGCCGUGGUCGGUACACAUCGCCACGUGUGCCUUGUUGGGCAUAUGUGCGGCAAUGGCCAGCAUUUUUGUUCCUGCCUUUGGACUUCUCAGUGGAUUGGUGGGCGGUGUGUCGCAAACCUUUUUGGCACUUGUCUUGCCACCGUUGAUGUUUGCACGCCAGCACCAUUUAUCCACGAAUGGUGUCGACUUUGUCAUGAGACUGGACACGAGAGGCAAAUUGUUGUUGGUUUCUGGCGUUGUACUGAUUUUGUGGACCGCAGCGAGCACUUGGAAUGAGCUGUCUUGA